GCGGAGCGGAGCCGCCCACUCCGCCGCGGCGCCCGCCCCGACGGCCGGAGCUCGGGCGGCGGCGGCGCCCGCCGAGCCGGGGCGGACGCGGCCGGGACGCGCGCCGGGGAGCCGGGCUCCGGGGCUGCAGGAUGGCGGAGGCGAUCGGCUGUACUCUGAACUGCAGCUGCCAAAGUUUCAAGCCAGGGAAAACGAACCACCGCCGGUGUGAGCAGUGCAGACACGGAUGGGUGGCUCACGCGCUCAGCAAGCUGCGGUUCCCAGCCGUGUACCCGGCCAGCCCGGUGGAGAUCGUGCAGUACAACGUGGUGUUCGACAUCAGCAGCCUCAUGCUGUACGGCACCCAGGCCAUCCCCGUGCGCCUCAAGAUCCUCCUGGACCGGCUCUUCAGCGUGCUGCAGCGCGACGAGGUGCUGCAGAUCCUGCACGCCCUGGACUGGACCAUCCAGGACUACAUCCGGGGCUACGUGCUGCAGGACGCCUCGGGGAAGGUGCUGGACCACUGGAGCAUCAUGACCGGCGAGGAGGAGCUGGCCACCUUGCAGCAGUUCCUGCGCUUCGGCGAGACCAAGGCCAUCGUGGAGCUCAUGGCCGCCGCCGUGCAAGAGAAGGACGAUCCCGCGGCCACCGCCAUCAUCGCCCCAACCUCCUCCUCCUCCUCCUCCUCGGCCAGUGUGGCUCAGCGGUUAGACCACGCGGACCUCCGGGCGUUCCUCGAAGCCUGCGGCCAGCGGAGCUCGGACCGGGGGAGCCCCAGCAGCGUGCACCCCUCGGAGAGUCUCCUCCAGGGCAUGACCUUCAUGCUGCCCUUGCCCUUCUUCAACCCCGUGCUGCCCGCACUCCUGGGGCCGCCGCUGCCCUCCGAGGGGUACGUGCUGGAGCAGGGGCCGCCGCCGCCGCUGCUGGACCAGGGCACACCCCGGCCCUUCCCCGAAGGCGAUGAUGUCAGCUUCCUGGCCUCCGGCUCCGCCCCUUUUCCUGGGGGGAAAGAUGACGUCAGCUUCCUGGCCUCUGGCCCCGCCCUGUUUCCUGGGGGGAAGGGGGCGUGUCCCAGCUGCCCCGAGGCCACGCCCCCCAAGGAGGACAGCCACGCCCCCGACAGCGAUGCCGCUGGCGGAGGCGGCACCUGCAGCAUCGUCUCCAACCAGCAGAGGGCGCAGCAGCCGUCCCCCGAGGCCCGCGCCAAGGCCGAGAGGCCCGGGCCGGGCCCGGCCAGGAAGGGCCGCGUGUGCUGCACGGCCUGCGAGAAGACCUUCUACGACAAGGGCACCCUCAAGAUCCACUACAACGCCGUGCACCUCAAGAUCAAGCACCGCUGCACCGUGCGGGGCUGCAACAUGGUGUUCAGCUCGCUGCGCAGCCGCAACCGCCACAGCGCCAACCCCAACCCGCGCCUGCACAUGCCCAUGAACCGGAACCACCGGGACAAGGACCUCCGGAGCAGUGGCGGCCUGGGCCUGGGCCUGGCCUCCUCCGAGGCCUCGGGCCUCCUCCAGGGGGCGUCCCCGGACCACCCCGGGCCUCUCCCCGGUGCAGGGGCAGGGGCAGGUGCAGGGGAGGAUGCCAGGGGCACCACAGCGGCGGUCUUGGGGCACCACCACCACCACCACCACCACCACGGGGUGCUGUUCCCCAACCUGAGGACGGUGCAGCCGGUGCUCCCGUUCUACCGCAGCCCGGCCACGCCCGCCGAGCUGGCCACCACGCCGGCGGGCAUGCUGCUGCCCUCCCUCCCGCUGCUGUCCUCCUCCGUCUCGGAGCAGCAGCUGGUGUGCAGCGACACGGCGCUUGCCUCCGAGGCGCUCCUGCCCAAGAAGAAAUCCCGCAAGUCCAGCACGCCCAUCAAGAUCGAGAAGGAGCCCGAGAAGGGCAUCGGGAAGAGGCAGGAGCUCGGCUCCUCGGAGGCAGAAGACCGGCCGCUGGUGCAGGUGGCGAGCGAGGACGAGCUGGAGGCCUGCAGCCCUGGGGGGUCCAACGAUGGGGCCCUGGAGGGGCAGCAGGCAUCUUCAGGAUGCCCGGGGCAACCAGCUGGCCACCUCUCGUCAGUGAUCGAGGCCAGGGGGGUCAUCAGCAGGCACCGCGAGCAAGGUGCAUGCACCCCAGAGAGGGAGACGGAGCUGGAGCAGAAGCCGGGGGUGCUGACGCUGGAAGACAGCGGCCGGGAGCUGCGCAUCCCUCCCGGGCUGGAGCCCUGCGUCCCGUUCCCCGACUUUGUCAGGCUGCAGCAGCACCUGCUGGCCGGGGGCCUGCUGGGCGCCUUGUCCACGCGAGGCGUGGCCUUCCCUUGCUUGGAAGACCCCGAGGACCUGGAGCCUCAGGUCCGGCCCAUGUUGGCGAGGCAGAAGGAGCAGAGCCGCCACCGCCACCGCCACCUCUGUCAGAAGGCCUCCGAGGAUGCGUGCAGUGUGAAGGCGAACCACAAGGAGGCGCACGUGUGCACGGUGGAGGGCUGCCACGCCACCUUCCCCUCCCGCAGGAGCAGGGACAGACACAGCUCCCACCUCAGCCCCCACCAGAAGGUCCUGACCCAGGAGGUGCUGGAGAGCAGCGGCCAAGGCCAUUGCCACACCGCCACGUACCUCCUCAAGGACAUGGCCCAGGAGGCCUACCUCCGGGACGUGGCCUUCCCGCCGCAGGCCUCCCAGACCUCCGUCAUCUUCAAGGGGGCCAGCCGGACGGGCGGCCUGGGGUACCCCGUGGGCCCCCAGGACAGCUACCGCCCUGGCCCCCCGCCGCCCGGCGAGGCCACCGUCCUGGACCUGAGCGCCACCUCCAGCCUGAGGUCCGAGAGCAGCAGCCACUCCUCCUGGGACUCCGAGGAGGACAGCGACGGGAACAGGGAAGCCCCCAGCCUCGUCCCCGAGGAGGUGGAGGACCCCAUCUGCGUCCUGAUGGACAAGGCGGACCGCAGCCUGGCCGGCCUGGGCCUGCCACCGCCCGCACCCGGGCUGCCCAUCACCUGCCACCUCUGCCAGAAGGCCUACAGCAACAAGGGCACCUUCCGGGCGCACUACAAGACGGUGCACCUCCGCCAGCUGCACAAGUGCAAGGUGCCCGGCUGCGACACCACCUUCUCCUCCGUGCGCAGCCGCAACCGGCACAGCCAGAACCCCAACCUGCACAGGAGCCUCGCCUCCUCCUCCCCGGGCCCCCUCCAGUAAAGAAACACACACACACACACACACACAC